AAUUUAAGUUUCAACCCGCGAACCGGUGGAACGAUUUCCGCGUAUUUUGUCCGGCAUUGUACGUACUUGAUCGGCCAAAAUGGGGAACGAACUGUCGGCUCAUAUGGCGAACGUUGCCGCCGCCCUGGCCGAACAAAACCCCAGCGCGAACAGCGGGAACGCGACGCCGCUGAGCACCAACGGCGCCUGGACGAGGCCAACCAGGCGGCGGCCGCCGAACGGCUGCGUCUUCAAGAAGAACUCCAACGUCAACAGCAGCAGCGGGACGAGGAAGCCGCUGCCGAACGGCUGCGCAACGAGGCUCGGAUCAAUGCGCUGGCUGACAGUACGAAGACGGCGCAGGAGCGGCUGCGCAGUAUACAGGAGCAGCUCGACGAGCCGGUUAGGGACCGUCAAGCUAGAGUGGAGUGGAUUAACGGAUUGCAGCUGCAGAUUCAUCAGUCGGAAUCCCUGCUGCUCGUGGGACCCAAAGGAACCGGAAAGAGCACCUUCCUCUGGCUCCUCAAACGAGGUGAGAAACCCCAACGGACAACCCGCGAUGGCACCGUCAGCAUUCUCCACAUCGACGGCUUCAUCGACUCCAUCGGUUUGCGCGGCUGGACACCGGAAGAACUGUGGAAACUCGUGGUGCUCCUAAUCUACGAUGGCAUCCCGCAGGAUCUCAUCGUCUUCACCAACGACCGCGUCGAUCUGCCGAUAACCACGCUGGGCCUCUUGGGCAUCAACAAUCCCAUGCUGGCCAUUAUGUCCAGCGACUUUUGGCGGAACCUCGAGGGCCAGGAUCCCCGGAUCCACAUCACCGAGGAGGAGAGAGUGCGCCGCGUGGAUGCGCUGGAUUUGGUGUACGAUCUGCGGAUGUACGAAGAAAUCCGGGAGUUCAAUUUGGGUAUACCGGUAACACACCGACGAUCUCCUGGAGCUGGUUAGGAAGCGGGAGGCCGCGGAGGUGCGGCCGUUCCGCGGGCUGUUGCAGGAGCUGGGCGGGCAGUUCACGGUGGGCAUGGAGAAUUCGCCGAAUAUGGAGACGCUGUUUCGGUUUAUUUACAUUUAUGAGAAAGUUUAUCAACGGGACCGGCUAAGGUUC